AUGCCUCCCGCGCAGCUUCAUCUGGGAGCGCCCCAGGUGGUCGCUCCGGCGCCUGCGGUCCCUCUUCAGUCGCCACCGCCUUCGGAGCUGAUGGACGUCGACCCCUCAGCCGGGCCGCCUUCCCAAGCGGUGGCUGUGCAGCCUGUCCUGCAGCCGCUUUCCUUGGGCACCCCCAAGGAGUCUGACACCGCAGCGCCUUGUCCGGCGCCCACUCGGCAGCCGUCGACGCAGCGUCAGGAGACGCUGCCUCUCUUCGUGGGUCCCGACGCCCCGUCGCGUCCAGUACCAGAAGCUGCGCCCGUGGUCACAGGCGUGCACCCUGACCUCGGUUUUCAGUCGGUGUUUCCCGAGGCCCCGCGCAGCCAAUGGCUGGGGUGCGGACCGGGGACUGCCACCGACAACAGUCUCCGCCCCGGUCUCUUCUGCUACGCCUGCGGCCAGACCCCUCCCCCGCCGUCGACGCUCGCCACGUCAUUAUUCAACGACGGUGCGACGAUUUGGGGGGGAGGAGUGUUAUAUCCUAGCCAGUAA